CCUGAGCGCCGCCGCCGGCAGUCGACGGCAGGCCACGCCGCUGAGAGGGUCACCCCGCCUCCUCCGCAAGUCGAUCGGUAUGCGGCUGCUGCUGGCGCUGGUGCUGGCCGCGGUGCUCACGCUGCAGUGCUGGGUGGCCGCCUCCGAUGGCAGGGCCGGCCGCUCGGCAGUCGGCACCGACGUUCUCUCCGGAGAGCUCGACUCUUACCUCAGCGACCUGAAGGACUUCUACACCAAGCUAGGCCGGCCGCGGUUCGGUAAGCGCAGCACGCGCGUUCGGAGGUGGCGCACGGUGACGUCGUUGGGUGACGUCAUCCACGAGCUGCGGUACUGAGCGCGGCGGAAGCGGCCGGCGCCGGGCGCGAGGGCGGCUGGCGGAGAGGGCGCCCUGUGUUGACGGCAGCGCCGAUGGCGAGACCUCCAGAGGCCGGGCCGGUCAGCCGACAGUGUCGCCGGCCUUUCGGCGCGACCUGGCGCCGUCGCGCAGGGCGGGUGGAUGGAGGGUCACAGUCUGACCCUACCACCGUACCAGCGCGGGGAGGAGCUUGCUGGCAGCUUGCAGGGAGGAGGAGCUUGCUGGCAGAGAAAUGUGCUAUGAUGGAUAUUUAGUUCAGUUUUGUUUCCUCUGGGGAGACCCGAUGUACGUGAACUCUUGCGCUUGCCGAUGUGACUAUGGUCUCUUUACUGAUGGAUUAGACUUUGACACCCAUGCUGGUUGGAACAAGAACUCCGCAGGCAUAUUAUCCCCGGAAAUUAUCUGAUGGAAGACAUUUUGAUUUAUCUUUCUGCUGAUUGCAGUUUAUCAUAAGCAUGAAACAAGUCCUUGAGGAAAUGUAUAAACGCACGUUCUUCACGCUUUUAUCAAAUCCGAAUGCCUCUAGGAAUCUAGUUUCAAUUAGCGAUGGUGCUCGUCAUGAUUCAAACCUUUCUCGCAGCUUUAAUGUGACUUCGAGUCAGCAAGACCUCUCUCAUUUAAACUCAGUUGUUCUGAGUUUUGUUUACAUGCAAAAGAGUUCUCAGGCACAUUUUUCAUGACAUUUGGCAUACUUUUAAACGUCAAAUCUGGCUAAGGCAGUUUUCUGGCGCUGCCUGUCAGCUUUUCUUCUUUAAAUUUUCACUCCCCUUCCUCUAUGUUCAAUCACGACUAACGAGCAUCGCGCAUUCUGCUCGGUGCACAGCGUCCACCCAAGGAUCGUCCCGACCUAUGCACUGUGUAGACGCUCUGAUCACGUCACGUGACACGAUGACGUCAUCGGAGGUCCAGAGGCUGGCCCCGACUCGUGGCGCGCGCGGCGCCACGAGUCGGGGCAGGAGGCUGUCAGGCCGCUGGCAUCGUGCGUCGACCGGGAUACGUUGCGUCUUUUCACGAUGAGAUUAUUAGUCAGGCGCCUGAUUUGGUACCAAAUCUGAAGUGUAAAGAAAAUAGGAAGGACAGGGACGAAAUCAAUCGGCAGUCACCAGGUCCCUCAAAACAAUAUGUAAUUGUUACUCCGUAAACGUUCUUGUUUCGCUAUCAGGUACCAUGUAAUCAUUUUACGUUUGUGUAUUUGAUUCCAUGGGAACCAACCCAUAGAGCAACGCAUGCGUUAAGUGAUGAAAAGGCACGUGAUGAAAAUCAUAUUUAAGAACUUACGGCUGUCUUGAUAGCUCUGACGUCAAACCGCGGGCUUCGCUCCUCCCUAGUUCAUUUUUCGUGCAUUCGCGUUUUUCAUUUUCAGAUUUGGUGCCGAAUUUAUUCCCCAUCUAACAAUGUCAUCGUGAAAGCGUCAUAAGUGUUAUGCUGGUUCCAUAGCCGACAUGGGAUCCAUGUUGGGCCCUGGAGAAGCGAGGAAAAGGGAUGGUCUCUUCCGUGCACGUAAAUAAACAUCUUGAACGAAUUGGAAGAUCAGCUGGGAAAACAGACGUGAGCGUUUGGAGGACGAACGGCGGGGUCAUCACGAGCACAUAUGAAGACCGGGCAGAAAUGGGCAGAAGAAAAGUCACCGUGGGCUCGAAUGCUAGAUUGGGAGAAAUCGUGGGGAGCCGGCUUAGAUGUUCAUCAGCAUCGUGGAGGGGGACGGACCGAGACCCACCCGAGAAUGUUGGGGAAGACACUGAACUCUCGAGGAAAUGCGAGGUGACUAUCCGGAUGUAUGCAGUCCUUUUCGCAGGGGCUGGGAGUGAUUGUCAUUGUGAUGUUAUGUUCAAAGUGUGUGGUGGCUACCGAUCUGGAUCUCUCUGUCAAAAAAGAUUGCGUGAAACAAUAU